AACAUUAACACGGAUGUACUUCCGGGUUAGAAUCAUGGCGUGUUGCUGAACAACAUGUGAGUUUUUCGGGAGAUUUAAUUGCGUUUAAUAUUCUAAGACAUCUGAAACAACAUCAAACAUGGCAUCUGUGGAGGAGGACUUCCCUCGAGGAGGGUCGGCAAAGAAGCCCAUCGAGAGUAACAUAGCUGUGCAGAGGACAGAGGUCGACAACUUGUUCCAGUCAAAUGAACCAGCAGAAACAAAGAAAAGAAAGGUGGCGGGCAAAGAUGACGGCAAGAAGCCCAAGAAGUCAAAGACGGGCAAGGAAGACGGCCUGACACUGAACGCAGCAUCCAAGUGUGUGGAAAUCCUGCACAUGAAGAAUCUGAAGGAGGGCAUCCUGAUGCUGGGCUGUGUGAAGGAGGUGACUGACUUUGAGGUGAAAGUCAGUCUGCCCUGUGGCAUGCAAGGCUUCCUCAGCAUCAAGAACAUCUGUGACUCGUACACUAAGCUGCUCAGUGAGCAACUGGAGUCAGCUGAUACAGAGGAGAUCUGCUCUCUGCAAGACAUCUUCUCCCCGGGGAUGCUGUUCAGGUGUGUGAUUGCCAAGUUGGAUCUAGCCAAAGGAGGCGCUCUCAGCAUCCAGCUGUCAAUCAAUCCAAAGCUGGUCAACAAGGCUCUCACCUCAAACUCUCUGAAAGCUGGCAUGGUCUUGAGUGGAUGUGUGGACAGCGUGGAGGAUCAUGGCUACAUAGUUGACAUUGGCCUCAGUGGAACCAAAGCCUUCCUGCCCAGGGAAGCAGUAAAGGACAAACACCCAGAAGAGCUGAAAGUGGGUCAGAACGUCACUUGUGGAGUGGACGAAGUAAAAAACGAUGGGCGCAUGAUCCGCCUUUCUUUGAGCACCCCCACCCAGGCCUGUGCUGAAUCCGAACAAGGCUGGAACCUCACUAACCUGCUGCCUGGACUUCUGGUCAAAGCCACCAUCAAAAAGGUGACCAAACAUGGUCUGCUCCUGGACUUCCUGUCCUCCUUCACUGGCCAGGUGGACUUUCUCCACAUGGAGCCAGAACAGACAGACAGCUACACCGAGGGCGCCCAGGUGCGAGCCUGUGUGCUGUAUGUGGAUCCCACCACCCGUCUGGUGGGCCUGAGCCUGCGCACCUUCCUCACUCAGCCCGGGUCCUCAAUCGCUGUCUCUCCUGCUGGAGGAGACCGCAUCGGAGAGGUUGUGAAGGACUGCAAGAUGACCGCCAUGCACCACAUGUCUGGAGCCUUGUUGGAACUGCCUGAUAACACGAUGGCCUUUGUACAUAGGAACCAUGUUAAGGAGUCUAGCGAGCUGUCCAAUGAAAACCGAGUGCUGGCCAGGACUGAGCACAUCUGCAGGAUCAUGGACUUCAGCCCCAUGGACCAAAUUCACUUUGCUAGUCUGCGAAAGAGUGUGAUUUCAAAGCGUUUCUUCAGAUAUCAUGAUCUUCAGGCCGGACAGGUUGUAGAGAGUUUGAAAAUCUACAUCUUCAGAAAGAUGUAUACAGAACACCAGUACUUAUGA